AUGAUACUGAGUAAUUUUAAACAAUCAAUUUUGGUUCUAUGUCUCCUAGCGUCGGUGAUCGUAUCCGAAGCCAGACAUCACGUUCAUAUCAGAAACGACAUUGGUGCAAAUAUAGACCUAACCGUGCACUGCAAGUCCAAAAACGACGACCUAGGCUACCACUUACUUCAUCCCCAAGAAAUUUUUGAGUUUUCAUUUAAACCUAAUAUUUGGGGAAGUACGUUGUUUUUUUGUAGUUUUGCAUGGGCAGAUCAGUUCAAAUAUUUUACUAUUUUUAAAGGGGGCUUUUAUACUAGUUUUUGCCAAGAUUGUUUCUGGAUGGUACAUGUUGACGGGCUGUGCUUGCUCAAGGAGAAUUCCGGUGCGCCUGGUGCAUGUUUAAAGUGGGACAAUUCAUUAAUUUUAACUCUUCAAGUUGAAGUGAACUUGAUGGAAUCCUAA